GUUUCAGAAAUAGUGUUGCCAGCAGGAGCAGGGAGGUGAUUGUCCCUCUGUACUCAGCUCUUGUGAGGCCACACUUUGUGUGCUAUGUUUUGGGCCACUCACAAAAAGAAAGAUGUUGAGGAGCUGGAGCUUGUCCAGAGAAGGACAGCAAAGCAGUGAAGGAUCUGAAGCACAAGUCUUAUGGGGAACAGCUGCGGGAAGUGGGAUUGCUGAGUCUGGAGAAUAGCAGGCUCAGGGGAGAUCUUAUGACUGCCCGCAAAGACCUGACUGAUGGUUAUAGUGCAGAGUUGGCCUCUUCUCCUGGUUAACAGCGAUAGCACAAGAGGAAAUGGCCUCAAGUUUCUCCAGGGGAGGUUCAGGUUGGAUGUUAGAUAAUGUUUCUUCCCUGAAAAAGCGGGAAAAGGCUAGCCAGGGAGGUGUUCAAGAAACGUGUACAUGUAGCACAUAAAUGUGUACACAAGGGACAUGGUUUAGUGGAGAAAUAUUAAUGACAGGAGGACGGUUGGACUAGACGAUCUUAAACGUCUUUUCCUACCUUAAUCAUUCCACAAUUCAUCCCUCGCGCCAUCUGGUCAGUGGGCAAUUAUUGGCUCUGCAGUGCGCUGCAUUCUAAUUGGCUGCAGCCGCAAACAGGACGGGACUAGGCUGCGCAGGGAUUGGUUGAUCACCCUUGUCAUUGUCUAGGAUUGGCCGUGGGCGAGGUCGGCAGCGCUGGUAGGAGGUGGCUGCGGACGGCCGGCAGGUUGGGGUGUGGUUGGCUGGCAAGGCUGGAAACAGGUGCGUGCGGGAAUGCUGUGGCCGCGGGUGUGGCGCUGAGCCGGCGCGGUGCCUGUUCCCCGCCGCCUUCUGCUAACACCCGCCGGCAGCGGCCGUGACCAUGGCUACGGCUAUGAUGAAGGGGGCGAUGGGCUGCCCGGUGGCUGACAUCAUGGAGGUGAGCUUCAGUUGCGCUGUCGCCAACCGCUUCUACCAGCUGCUGGACGACGAGUCGGGCCCCUUCGACAACCUCCGCGAGGCAGAGCGCCGCCAGCAGCAACGCAAGAGCCUCGGCAAAGCGGUGGCCCGGCGGGGCUGUCCUGGUGGCAGAGGGGGUACCGCCAAGAGGGAGCCCCAGAAGCAGCGUAAGCAGCUCGGGGCGCCCGCGCCACCGCCGCAGCUCGGUCAGAAGCAAGUACCUAAACAAGAAGACUGUAGAGGAAAAGACAGUAGCAGAGCAGAGAAACAAGACAAAACUGAAUGGAGGCCGUCAUUCACGGAAUACUCAUCUUGUGAAACAGAAAGUCAAGCAGAACUCACAGCUAAGAGACCUAUUGAAAAAUUAGACUGUGAAAGGCCAACAGGUUGUGGAAGAGGAAAAGAUGAAAUGCAAGGUAGAGGAAGAGGCUGUGGAACAAAAAAAAAGUUCGAUGGCUUCGACUACAGAGGAAAACGGGAAUUUAAAAGACAAAGUGACGAUGAUGAAAUAGUUGCUGAAGGAAAGCCAAUGGAAGAAGUAGUUCAAGAAAUGACGUUAGAUGAGUGGAAAAAUCUUCAGCAACAGAAUCGACCAAAGCAUGAAUUCAACAUUCGAAGGCCAGAACCCACUGUUCCUUCCAAAGCAGUGGUGAUUCACAAGUCAAAAUAUAGCGAUGAUAGACAAAAGGGAGAGCUUGAAGAUGAUUAUCAUAUUUUUCGAAGGGUAGUGAAUGACAUAACAUCUCAGCUGGAUAUCAAUUUUGGGAGUCUUUUUCGCCCUGGCUAUGGAUCAAGAGGAGCACGAGGUUGUGACCGUGGCAGACGAGUUGAGGAGACAGGACCUCAACCAGAAGUAAUGGUACAAAUUUUUGCUCCAAAUCCAGAUGACCCUGAGGAUUUUCCUGCUUUAACUUGAAAGAAAUAUCAUGAAUGGUAUUAUCAAUGUAGCUUUGGUGCAGCUCUAAAGAAACCAGUUCUGUACUGGUGUGGGAAGAGUCCAAGUCUACUGGAAAAGCUGUUCUAGUUGAUGCGAUUUUUUUGUGUGUGUGUGUGAGAUGUUUGAAACUAUUAAUGGAAGUGAGCUCUGGAGAUAACAGUGGUCUGGAAUUCUGUUAUAGGGCCUAGUACCUGCUGCCAUUUGUGAAAGCUGUAUGAAGGCUUGCAGUACUCAACUGUGUAAGGCUUUGAAUGAAGAUCAGGAGUACAGUGCUUAAAAAUGUAUAUGUAGAGACUGUGUCAAGUUCUUCCUGGCAACUUGGUGAAACUGUAUGACAUGGUUUGCCAUCAGGAGUCCGUUUCCCUUUGAGAUGUGAAAGCUACUUUCUGUUUCUUUGGUAGAAACAAGUUGCAGUUCUUGAGAGUUUGGCAAAUAAAACACAGUGCUUACUGGUUUGAGUUUGGGGUAUUAUUUUCAUGAGUCAGAGACUGAAGCCACUGCUAUCUGGCAACAAAGAGCUGACCUUACAUGCCUGAAAAAUAUCCCUAAACAGAAAUGAUUUUAAGAGAGCAGCAUAGUUGCUUUUAACAGGUGACUUUAACAAGUGUUUGUUCAGUAAGGAAAUGCUAUUUGCAACUACUUUUGAGAUGUUGUCAGUGAAAUAAAAUAAUUUUGAAGUAAAGACGGAACUAAGUCGUUAAAGAAGAAAUUUGUUUACCACAAGAGAAACUACAAACUAAAAUAGUAAAUAUCUCAAGUUGGAAGGAGUCCACAGUGAUCACUGUGGACGUCUCCUGCCUCUACCCAGGACCACUCAGAAUUCAAACCCCGUGUCUGCAAGCAGAGUCCAAGCACCUUUUGAAAUCCAUCAGCCUGGAUUUCAAAUGUUGUUGGGGAACCCAUUCCAGUGCCUGAUCACCCUUUCAUGAAGUACCUUUUCCUAAUACCCACUCUACCCCUUCCCUGACAGAGCUAUGUUUCUUGCCUUAACUAAUAGUUCGUGUGGCAUUGAGGAUGACACGGCCUUGUCCUUUCCUUGCAGUCUUCCUGUUUCUGAACCUGAGCCAAAUACCCUCAGCUGCAGCUUGAAGCUUACUCCUUAGCUCUGGCUAUUCUUCUAAUAUGUUUUUGAGUGGUUCUGCCAAAAAUGGCUGUUUGAUGCUUGUGAAACAUAAAUUAUUCUUGAUGAGAGACUUCAUCUCUGCUCUUGUAUCCUGACACAGAUGGUGCUUCUCUUUCCCUAUUGUUAAAAUCUUUGACAGUUGUUCCCUAUUGUUCUGGAACGUUGUAUUGCAGUACUCCAUGCCAUGUUGAACUGCAGCAUAAGGACACUUGGAUGUUGCUAAUCCAGUAACUAUUAAACUUAGAAUUUCAUUUACAAUUUCAUUCAAAUUUCUAGAUUUCGUACAAAUAUGAAGAUGAUAUUCCACUGUCAUCCACACACACAAUCCUCCUUUUAAUAUUAAAUUUUUUAUAAUUGUGAAACUUCCUUUUGGAGGGCUCUGACUGCAUCUGUGUUUUUGCUUGCAAUUGUUUCAAUCAUUGCAGAGAUAUUUACUGUUGUUUUUUUUCCAGUUUACUGACUCCUAGCCCCAGGACGAACCAUCUGGCAAAACAGUGAAAUGCAGUGUUACUUUUAGUUGGAGAAUUAUUGCUUUUGCUUCUUUUCAGGAAGGUUGUAUUUGUUCCUCACUUUGCAGAUUAAUAUUUACUUUAGGGACUGUAGUUGCUGGAGUGCAAAUUUGACAGUAGUGCUUUUCUAUGUUCACGUAUCCAAUACUAGCCUUUUUCUCUGGGGACCAUCCAACUGCAGUACUUCCUUCCUAUAGCUGAGACACACGUUGAAUAAUUUCCUACAGAAAUGUAUGGUUUAAGCAAUCUAGUUUAUUUUGAAUGUUUGGGAGUUACACCUUCGUAUGCAUGUGUAAUAUUUUUCAUUUAAUACUGGGACACUUAUUUCCCACUUGAGGAUUUCUGGUUUUUCAUCUGUAUCAAAUGUCUUUUACCAUUAAGUGUAUCCAAAAGACAUGAGAAGGAAUAGGGGUGCUGGUUAAAGCCACUGCUUUCUCUGAGUGUUCUGGAAAGUGAGGACAAACCACACAACUGCUCUUAUGGGCUCUUUUAGCUAUCCAUUAAGCCAAUGUGAUGUGUUUAUUUUCUUCCCAAGAGGAAGACCAAAACACUAGCAGUCUCAUAUCAGUAAUUGACAUUGUGAAAUUCAACACAGUCACAACUUCCUCCUCUUACCCAAUUGACCAUUGUUUCGAAAUAAAUCUGAAUUUCUACAAAGUAAAUUUAAAGUUAUAAGAGUUAACACUACCUAACAUGAAAUAAGAACAAUCCUUGAGGACAAUCAGACUCACUAUAGGCACUUUCUGAACUCCAGAUGCAGUUCAUUAGUCUAAAUUUCUUCUAGAGAUCUAUGUUAAGUUCCCUGAUAGGGGUCAAGGUCUAUGUUAGGGCAUGCAGAUGAGAUACCUGUGUAGAGAAGACAAUAUGAAAGGUCAACAAGUACUCCCUUAUCAACGUAUUACUUUUAUACUGCAUAUGUUUACUUUUAUGCUGCAUCUAGUUAAUGUAGUAGGGUUUCCAAUACAAAAUCUCAAAAGAACUUAUACCUUGUUAUUAUAAACCUCAUAUGCAAUCUCUAUCAACUGCAGAAUUGACAGCCCCGCCAGUCUUCUGCAGUUUCCUCCUUGUAUCUCAUGCUGACAGCAUAUUAAACUUUCUCUUAUUUGCCUCAUCAUCUAGAUUUAAAGAUGUACAUUUUGUUUCCACUUCACACAGCCUUUUGUGAAAUACACAAAGAAGGAUUUUUUCUGGGCCUUGUCUACCUUUUAUGUUUUGUUAUGUUCUUUGGCUUUGGCACCUCAUGUAAAACUAAUUGAUAGUGUUUCAGUGUCAUCCUUCCUCCCCCUGUAUUUAGAUCCCACUCUGGAUCUUCCUUAGUGGACAAAUAAUCCUUUGAGUCUUCCCAUCUUCUGAGACCCUCCUCUUUGCCUCGCAGUCAUUCCCUUUCCUUAUGUGGUCAAAAGUGCACUUAAUAUAGCCCUUGCAUAGGGGCUAUAUUAACUUGGGUUAAGUAUCAGCACUAUCAAUUCUGAUAACUGAUACAUCCUGUCAGAACUUCCUCCAUCUGAUCUCGCAGACUGGGAUUCAGUGCAUUCAGCAAGUAGGGUGUUGUGAAGAGUACAUGCACAAAGAUGGGUGUUCCCUCUGGACCUGCAGCCUUCCUCAGGGGAGCCUGAACAGUAGGCUGUGCUGCCUGUCACCUUCUUCAGCUGGAUACUGCUCUGACAUUCUCAUUAUCCCAUCCUGAGACAAUUCUGGAUUGCUGUAAGGAGGAGGGGCUGUUCAUGCUACUAACAUCUGCACAUCCUCAGGAUAAUCCCCACGUUUUUUCCCCUUAAUGCACCCACUGCAACAUCCUUUCCCAUCUUUUGCAAACAUCGUAAUUCCUGCAACAGACAUCACGCCUCUUCGUAACUUGCAUUGCUUCUGCAUCACAAUAUAAGGCCAUAAAGACAUCUACAAAACAGCAGUAAUUGCAAUAUCAUAAUUAAAUGAUCCAUUUUCUAGAAAAAAAUCACUGUCAUUCAAUUUUUAGUGCUACCACCAUUGAUUACAACAUUUUUUCAUUUUGUCUUUAAUCAUAGAGUCCCCUUCAAGCUUACUUCCGUUCUUAUGCAGAGCAAAGAGCAAUGGCCAAGAUUUAUCUCAAUCCCGUGUUUCCUGAAAAGAAUUUUCUUACUCAUUUUUUCCUGCACAGUGCAGUUGAGUCUGUUUGAAUUCUGGAAAGAAUUGUAUCACAGAUCUCAUGUUACUCUUUAAUUCAUGUACAAAAAGGCACUUUACUGUUAGAAUUACUGUAGUGGCCUUGGAAAAACUACAACAUCUCAGCUUUGCAUUUUAGAUGAAUGCAAAUAUAUUGAGCUUAUGGUAAGAUUUUGUUAGCAGAGGGCUGUGGAGAGGGGGAGCAGGGGACAGCAGUGCCCGUGUCAGAGCACAGUUCCAAAGGCUUUCAUUGCUGCAAGAGCUGAGCCAUGUGCUCUGGAAUAGCAGAUCUAAGAGGAAAAACUGCUGCACAACAGCAGCUGGGAGAGAGGAGUGAGAGAUGUAAGAGAAGCAGCCCUAUAAGCACCACCAUCAGUGCGAAGAGGGAGGGAAGGAGGAGCACCAGGUGCAGAGAAGUGGCUCCCUGCAGCUCAGAAAGGCCCACGGAGGAGCAGACUGUUCUCCUGCAGCUCGUGGGUACCACACGGAGCAGAUUCCACACGCAGUAGUGGGAGACACCACGAAGCAACAGUGGAUGAGGCCUGAAGGAAGUACAUCUCACAGAUGCUCCCAUAAGAGCAGCCCCGAGCGGAGCUGGAGCCCUGGAGAGCAGCUCGCUAUAGGACAGGAGGGCUGGGGGAGCUGCAGUCUGUGCAGCAGGGCCUGAAGGGUGGGCCCCACGUACAGAGCCGUGUUUGAGCCGUGCUAGGAGGGCUGCAGCCUGAGGGUGCACUCAGUCCUACUGUCUUUGAUGUUGAUAAAGAUGCUGAAGAGCAUUAGGCCCAAGACAGAUCCCAGGGGGACACCGCUCAUAGCCAGUCUGUAUCUAGACGUAGAAUAAUCAAUUGGAUUCUUAUAACGUGCUUAAGCCAUUCCUUUUUUCGUUUUGUAUAGCUGUCACAGGAGCAUGUGCAUAUAUAGACGCAUUCAUACAAGGAGUAAUGCACUCACAAGCAUAAAUGCAGUGUUGAUAAUAAUGUAAUGUUGACAUUAUUACUGGACCAACCACUGAACGUGCUCCAAGGUUAUCUGCAGAAAGUGUACAUUCAUAUAUGUCACUGAGUGACAGGCAUAGAAUUAGAGAUCUUCUCUUUCAGUAACCUGCUGGGCAAGAAUGGAACAAUUUGUGGGGUAGGAUCUUCAGUCUUUUGACUCAAAAGAAGUAACAACUGCCACUCUUCAACUCUGCUACUCAGAAUUAACAUGAAGUCCAUAAAACCUUCAGGUUUUCAAACACCUUUUUGAAGAUGUGAUGCAACGAAUGUUUCAGGUGGCUGAAUGUACAGAGCAGCUUUAGGUACUGCCUCACAUUUAAUGGCAGCAUUGUGAUUGACACCAGUUUAACGACUUAAAUAAGGUUUUUGCUUUCCUGAGUAGCCAGUGUCAAAAAAAUGUUCUGCGUUCAGCUCUCUGUUUUAUCUGUAGCUGACUGUGAGCCGCUGUCAGCUCUAAGCAAAGGUUUCUCUGUCUAGAUUUGUACACUAGUAAGUACCUGACUAAGAGAUAAUGAGUUUUGCAUAACACAAUGAAAUGUCAGGACAGCUUUUCUGUAGGGUAAAGGAAGCAGACACAAGGUCUUGGAUUACUCUCUUCUGACAAGAAAAAGUAAGUUGACACACUACUUGUAUAAUCCAGGAAUUCUGAGCUUGUUGGUGGGGAGUUGUUUGGUUGCAUUUUUUGGGUUUUUUUAAUAGAUCAUAUCCUGUUUUCUGAUGUUUUUCCUGACUCUAACAAAGGUUGUGUGCAUUGGGAAGGAGAAAAGGUAACUUUCCGGUGGACAUUUUCUAUGAAAUAAGUGAAAUGUGGGAAUUCUUUAAGUAUGGGAGCAACAUUAAACAUUUUAUGUCAGAAACAAAGUAGAGAGGCAGAAGUGGAAAAAAAGCACCUAGAAGCAUGUCACCAGGAGUAUUGCAUGAUGUAAAGACACAGUCCUAGAAGCAUGACGUUUCGGGAAGAACAAUGAAUUGUGCUGACAGAACUCAAAUGUGGAAGGAAAGCCAGGUGGGCCUAGUAGGAGACCUGAAGAAGGGGCAAUGAGGAAGCUGAGCCCUUUCACUAUGAAGAAUAGCAUGGAAACAAGCAUCGUCUUUAAUGGCAAUCUUCCCACUAUUAGCAGCAGUCAUUUUGGGUUUUCCUGCACUAACAGUAUCUGCUGCCAAGGAGACUUUCAUGUCUGCUCCCUCUGUCCUGUUGGCAUAAGAAGUUUGGGACUGGGCUUUUUAUUGUGUUGAUGGCAUAAGUGGUGUGCAGCAGAUGAGGGAGUUGGAAGAGCUGGGAGUCAGCGAUGGCUGUGAGAUAGAAGUGGUGUGUGCCUGCUGGUAUGCAGCCACUGCAUGCAUCUGCAGCUGGGUGACCAACAGCAACUGCUGCUCAGGCUGUCUGGGCAGUGCAGUCUUUGCCAGAUUUGUAGCAGCCUUGUAUAUUGGGAAGGAGUUUGAAGAGGGAAAGCAGUUAUUUAAGGGAUGGAAUUUCUGGAUUUCAUUCACCCUGUCCCUCAUGCAAAAAUAAAUAAAAAAACAAAGCACCUUCCUCUUAACUAUUUAGUUUUAAAACUCGCAGUGUUUCUGUUUUCAGUAAGCCCAGCCUUGAAUAUUUCUAAAGACAGCACAUCACUUUUGCUGCAGUGUUAUCUGCUCCUACAUGGACUGCGUAGAACCUGUAAAGGAGGCUGAAGGAGAACCUGCAAAGGAGGCCAAAUCAAAGUAAGCUUCAGAAAUACUGUACACAGAUUAUUCUUGCAGUGCAUAACAUUGCCAAAACUUUAGCCUGUGUCACUGUUCAGCUGUUCUCUGUAUUGUGCUUUGGUCCUUUGCCUUUUUUCCCUGUCCGGUGCCUGUGCUGUGCUUGCAUCUCUACAUAGGGAUUAGCAGUGUUUUGCUGUGGUGACCACAUGCAAAUGCAGACAUAUCCCAAGCAGAGCCUUUUGUUCACUCUUCAGCAGGCAACUAGCAAAGGAAGAAGUGGUUUAAACAUUUAUAUAAGCAUAGAAAGGGUGGCCUUACAAUUGAUGAAUAUCUCUUUCUGGAGCAAAUGACAGUUUACUCAUCUGUCAAAUAGGUUCUGCCCAAGGUGUACAUGCUUUGCUUUUUCUUAAAUAUGUAAGGUAAGAAUAAAUAUUGGAAUAAAUAUGUACCUCUCCUCCUUCCUUGUCCUUGUCCUUGUCCUUGUCCUUCUUCUCCUUCUCCUUUCUCCUUCUCCUCUUCCUUCUCCUUCUUCUCCUCCUCCCUUCCCUUUUCAUGGACUAAAAUAAAUCCUCAUAACUUAGGUAAAAAUAAAUGAUUUUAAAAAUUUGUUUUGAGAAAUCUUCACUUCCAUGUGGUAAAUGGUAUUUCAAAUUCUACCGAUUUCCAAAAAAAGGAGUGCUACUCUAUCGUACAUAAAGAAGGCAAAUUAACUUAGAAGCCAGUUGUUCUAGUUUAACCAUGUUGUUUUUUACUGGUUAAGCGUCCGAACCAUUUGAGUACAAUUACUGUUAUAUUCUGAAGUCAGUUUGAGGGGAACACAGAGCCAAAAAUUGUUUUUAUAAUGCAAUAUUUUGAGAUUUGUGCUUUUUAAUUAAAAAACUUACUUUUUUAGGCAAGUGAGAUUCUUUCAUUAUUCCUAGGAGCACAAAGUUGUUCUGAUUUCCUUCAGAAUGUUGGAAAUAAAAAUGAACACACAAACUUCUGAUUAUUAUUUUUAAUUUUAUGUAAUUCAUGUUUACAAUUCUCACUAUUCAAUAUUUUGUAUAAAACCAAAUACAAUAUGCACUAUUUUCAAAUGAGACACAAAUGCAUAUUGAGCUAUUUGAUAUUACAAGAUAAUAUGAAGCUUUAUCUUAAAAAUACCUCCAGCAAAAUAAACUCCCAUUCUGUCAAUCCAAGUUAAAAAAAUAUGAUUAGAAAUAUACAAUUUAAAAAUAAUCAAGAUGAAUAGUACUCAUUAGUCAAAGACUUCUAGAUCUUGACAGUCUGUACACGAGUUUACACAAGACACAGUCUGCAAACUACUAAUAUAAAAAUUGCAGUGCAACAAAUCGGUGAAUGUAACUUUUUCUUCUCCGCAUUUUAAUGCAUGAGUCUCUACAAAUAUUGUGUUUUUUUGUUUUUUGUUUUUUUUUUUAAAGCAGCACUUCUUCUAUUGUCCUGGGGCAAAAGGACACGGUCUGAUUUAACUUCUAUUACCAUACUGAUGCUGUAAUGGAAGCUAGCAAUAUGACGUAAGGUACCCAACUAUUGAAUAUGUUGCAGAGAUCACAGAAGAAUCCAUCUUGCGUGGUGGAAGAGUAGAAAGAAUUUUUAAGUUCAACCAAAACUGCUAGUUGGUAAUAGCAGAAAUAAGUUCCUUCAGCCGCUCUGUUGCACUGCUGUCAUACAUGUGCUCCUCUUUGGCACACAAUACUGCACAUUUCAAAACAGACUUGGAAACCACAGACUCCCCCACCCAUGGCUACUACUCUUCAUAAUUGUACUUAAGACAGCUUUGGUAUGGCAUAAUAAACAUAGAUGACAAAAUACUAAAAACUUGGACAGACAAAGCAAUAUAAUUAGAUGAGACACAAUGAGCUAACAGGUUAAUUCACCAUGUAAGAUUGCUUGGAGAGUUUUCAUAUUGAUGUCUGAUACUCUGACACUUUGGUGUUUCUCAGCAUGAUACUCAUUGUUGGAUGGGGUAGCCUGAAACAUAUUCACAGCAAACAGAUUUGGUUUAACUUGAGUUGCCAUGCAGUGUGCAAUUUAUGCAAAUUUGCUUCGGAUUAACUUCUAAGUACUAACUGCUUUGCUGAUUACUUUAAAAAAUGGAAAUUCCAACUCAGAAUGUUGAAUGACUGUGGAAUAUACUGAUAAAUUUUAGAUUAAGAAGUUCAGCUAAGAGAACAGUAAGGCCAAAAACAAUAUCAAUAAAUCUUACUUGUUUUUAACUCUCAUCCUUACAUCUCAUUAGUUUCAGUUUUCCCUCCUGCUUUUUAAGACUUGCAAGUAAGUUCACUCAUAAAAUUUUCAAGAUGAAAUUUUUCUUUAAAAAUAAAGAGAUUAAUAUUUGUGCAACCAUAUAUUGCCAUUUUGGUGAAGGAGGUAAAAAAAAAAAAAAAAAGGAAAUAAAAUUUUUAUCACUAUUAGGGUGAAUUCUGUCCCAUUUUUUGGGUGGUUUUCACCUAGAAGAGAGUGGAAGAGAUUGUUAAGAUUAAGUGGAAAACAAAAAAACAAACAAAAAAACAGGGUAUAAGCCUCAGUGCUCCUGAUCUUGCACCAUACAAACCUAUUUUGUGCUCAUAUUUGCAAAUCUGGAGUAUGCAUACAUACAUACAUAUAUAUAUAAAUAUACACUCACAGAUGCUGUCACCAUAUAUUUUACAUUCUGCCUCCCCUCCAACUCUUCUUUGGCCAAAAAAACGUAUUCAAACCCAUGUGUGGUUAUUCAUAGUGGCACUGAGAAGCCACUGGUGUAACAGAACACUUCCUUUCAUUUGAAAAGAAUCCUUUCUUCAUAGAAAGAAAAUUCUCCCCUUUGCAAAUAUCAUCAGGAUCUUUUAAAAACUUAAGUUAUUCUGUUUCUAAAAUUCCCAGCCAAAAAUGACUUGGAGGUACUGGUGGGUGGCAAUGACAUGAGCAUGAGCCAACUCUGUGCCCUGAAGCCCAGAAAGCCAACCAUACCUAACUGCAUUGAAAGAGGCAUGGCUGGCAGGGUGAAGGAGGUCUGAACACCUUCCUUUCAGUGUCUAAACAGAAGCUACAAGAAAGAAGGGGACUGACUUUUUAGCAGGCUCUGUGGUGAAAGGACAAGAGGAAAUGGUUUCAAACUU